UUCCGGAAUAAGAUGGCGGCAACGAUUGCAUUGAGGAACAGCUGCAAAACAGCCGGGCGUUUGCUCUGUGUUCAUCAGAUAAGACUACAUAGUAACUUUUGUUUGCUAAAGCAAAAAUCCAUUUCUAAGUUUGAGAAGACUUUAUGGAGGUAUCAACAUCAGCAUCGAUUUUUUAGAAUAACUGCUGCUUCACACGGCCAGAUUGUUCAGUUCAAGCUCUCUGAUAUUGGAGAAGGGAUCACAGAAGUGACAGUGAAAGAAUGGUAUGUAAAAGAAGGUGAUGUUGUGUCACAGUUUGAUAGCAUCUGUGAAGUACAAAGUGAUAAAGCCUCGGUCACAAUCACUAGCCGUUAUGAUGGCAUCAUUAGAAAACUCCAUUAUGGGUUGGAUGAAAUUGCCCGUGUGGGGAAACCGCUGGUGGAUAUAGAAACCACAACUUCAAAAGCUGUAACUCCUGAAGAAGAUGUGGUUGAAACACCAGCCGUGUUCAGUGAAGAACAGAUCCACCAGCAAAUCAAAGGCCAUAAGACUUUAGUAACCCCUGCUGUUCGCCGCCUUGCUAUGGAAAACAAUAUAAAGCUGAGUGAAGUUGUUGGAACAGGGAAAGACAACCGUAUUCUCAAAGAAGACAUUCUUAACUACUUAGCCAAGCAGACUGGAGCAAUUUUACCUCUGUCACCAAAGCCUGAGAUCAUUGCACCUUCCUCAAAACCAGAUCUUGCUGAGGACAUGUCAAAAGAGAAAGCUGCAAGAAUUGUAACACCACUUUCUAAACCUAUAAUUUCAGCGAAAGAUCAAACAAUGGCCUUAUCUGGAUUUCAGAAGGCAAUGGUGAAAACUAUGAAUGCUGCUUUGAAAAUUCCUCACUUUGGUUAUUGUGAUGAGGUUGACCUCACUCGGCUUAUCCAGCUGAGAGAAGAGUUGAAACUUUUAGCAAAAGGACGAGGAAUUAAGCUCACUUUUAUGCCCUUCUUUUUAAAGGCUGCUUCUCUAGGCUUAUUACAUUAUCCCGUCCUUAAUGCUUCCGUGGAUGAAAACUGCCAAAACAUCACAUACAAGGCUUCUCACAAUAUUGGAGUUGCCAUGGACACAGGACAAGGCUUGCUCGUCCCUAAUGUGAAAAAUGUCCAGGCUUGUAGCCUGUUUGAAGUUGCUUCCGAAUUAAAUCGCCUUCAAAAAUUGGGCUCAGCUAACCAGCUGGGAACAAAUGACCUCACAGGAGGAACAUUCACACUUUCCAACAUUGGCACAAUUGGUGGCACUUAUGCAAAACCUGUGAUCCUUCCUCCUGAAGUAGCUAUUGGCGCUCUGGGAAAAAUACAGGUCCUUCCUCGAUUUAACAGUAAAGGUGAGGUAUUUAAAGCUCAAAUAAUGAACGUGAGCUGGUCAGCAGAUCACAGAAUCAUUGACGGUGCAACCAUGUCUCGUUUUUCUAACUUGUGGAAAUCUUACUUGGAGAAUCCUGCUUCCAUGCUGAUGGAUCUUAAGUAAAGAAGACAAACGUCUGGAUGGUUUAUUUUGAUUCCAAAAGUGCAAUCAGGCUACUUAAGCUAGCAAGUGCCAUUAAAACUGACUUCAUACUUCAGAACUGCAUUGCGUUUGCUAGAUCUUUCAGAUCCUGGCUCUGUGUCUUGAUUUAUCUGUUACAUUUUUGUCUAGUUGGAUUGCUUAGUGGUAAAUUAUUUGCCUAGAUGUUGUAGUGGGUCAUGGUAUGACUCCUUCACAAGGUGGCGGAAACCUAAGGUGACAAAAUAAUGCUAUAUUCCACUUUUACGGUAUUAUCAGAUGGAGGCCGCUAAUAAUACUUAUGGGACUCUAAACCUUCUUGCACCAUGCACAGCCUGCGACCUGAUUAGAAAUGAAAGUCCCUGGAUGAAAACAUUAACCGAAUGUUAAUUAUUUCUUAUACAAUUAAUUCACUACAGAUGAUAUUCAAAUAAAAUGUUUUUAAUGAUUAGUUUAUUAAAGAUGCAAAGGUUCCAUUUUUUGACAUAUAGUGCUAACUGUUCUCUUUUUAAAAUAUUCUUUUCAAAUGUUCAAGUUUUGUAGCAGACAUUCUUCAUUACUGAAAUGAAUAUGUACACUAGAAGAAUGGCAAACUGGACCAUGGAUACUCCCCCCCCACCCCCCAAAUUUGGAGCUGGCUUUUACAGCAUAGAAGUAGCGGUAGGCCUACAUAAGAUCCAAGACUGCAUUAAGCAUUUCUGUAAUGUAUGAAGCUGCUAACAGUUAAUGUGGAGAUCUUUGAAAUGUCUAAUAGUAGUUUGUAAACCAUUGUUUUUCAAACUUGGCAACUUUUAAGAUGUGUGGAUUUCAGUUCUUGAAGUUCACACAUCUUAAAGUUGCCAAAUUUGAAAAACAUUGUUGUAAACCCACCAUUUUCAUAGACAAAAUCUUGCUAUGGAGCCAGAGAUGAAUAGCUUUUUCGAGUGUUAACCACACUGUAAAAACUGAAAUAGGAUUAAAAUCUAUAUGCUCCAAAAGUGGAUAUGAUUAUUUGGAGGCCUUAAAAAAAUGACAACAUGCUUUUUACAGGAUAUUAAAAAUUUCAGAUUGUGGUGAAUGUCAAUUUAAGGAAACCUAUUGUAAAUUGUAAAUAUAUACAUAUAUGUUUAUUUAAGAUCCUUGUAAUAUAUAAUCUGCGAAAGGGGAACAUAUCUAGAUCUGGGCGUUUCUCUGUAUUCAUUAUUUUGAGGAACAAGCAGUAGAAAUGUAAAACUGAUAAAUCAGUAGAUCUCUAAGGAAUUUUAUAUAACACAUAAACACAUAUACAUUGAUCAUUUAUUUGUUGUUUUUGUUUAAUAAAGCAUAUUUUAAUAAAUCCCACUUUUUACAA